AGCUGGAGGAUGCGCACUAGCUCCCGACGCGCAGCCACAUUGUUCUAGAGACUGCUCCACGAUCAGGGCCAUCUUUGGUCGUGCUCGCCGGUGACAGUGUGGACACUUCACUCCCUCGGUUCUUCAGAUCCGUGCGAUCCAACGAGCAGCAGCAGCCCCCCCCCUACUCGGAAGGAGCCGGUUGAAGACCCUCGGCCCCCCCCCACCCCCCGCGGAGACAGAAGAGACAGGUCCUAGGACUCAGUGGCUCAUCGCCUCCUCCUUCGACACCCUUCGUUUCUGUAAAGAGGGCGAGACGCUGCUGAGACAACAUGGAUGAGGAAUAUGAUGUGAUCGUUCUGGGCACCGGGCUCACGGAAUGUAUUCUGUCUGGGAUCAUGUCUGUGAACGGGAAGAAGGUUCUGCACAUGGACAGGAACCCGUACUACGGUGGGGAGAGCUCUUCCAUCACCCCCCUGGAGGAGGUGUACAAGCGCUUCAGUCUCCCGGAGAGCCCGCCGGAGUCCAUGGGCCGAGGACGAGACUGGAACGUGGACCUCAUCCCCAAGUUCCUCAUGGCCAAUGGUCAGCUUGUGAAGAUGCUGCUCUACACAGAAGUGACUCGGUACCUGGACUUCAAAGUCGUGGAGGGAAGCUUCGUCUACAAAGGAGGGAAGAUCUACAAGGUGCCGUCCACUGAGACCGAGGCGCUAGCUUCAAACCUGAUGGGGAUGUUCGAGAAGAGAAGGUUCCGUAAGUUCUUGGUCUUUGUGGCCAAUUUCGACGAGAACGACCCCAAGACCUUUGAGGGCGUCGACCCCAAGAUCACGACGAUGAAGGACGUUUACAAGAAGUUUGACCUCGGCCAGGACGUCAUCGACUUCACCGGCCACGCCCUGGCCCUCUACAGGACAGAUGAUUAUCUGGAUGUUGCCUGUCUGGAGACCAUCAACCGCAUCAAGCUCUACAGUGAAUCACUGGCACGAUAUGGGAAGAGCCCUUACCUCUACCCCCUGUACGGGCUGGGAGAGCUGCCGCAGGGAUUCGCCAGGUUGAGUGCGAUCUAUGGAGGAACCUACAUGCUGAACAAACCAGUGGAUGAGAUCGUGAUGGAAGACGGACACGUGGUUGGAGUGAAGUCCGAGGGCGAGGUGGCUCGUUGUAAGCAGCUCAUCUGUGACCCCAGCUACAUCCCCGACCGCGUCCGCAAGGCCGGUCAGGUGAUCCGCGUGAUCUGCGUCCUCAGCCAUCCCAUCAAAACCACUAAUGACGCCAACUCCUGCCAGAUCAUCAUCCCCCAGAAUCAGGUCAACCGCAACUCAGACAUCUACGUGUGCAUGAUCUCCUACGCUCACAACGUGGCGGCCCAGGGCAAGUACAUCGCCAUCGUCAGCACCACAGUGGAGACCAGCGACCCCGAGGCGGAGAUCGAACCGGCCCUGGAGCUGCUGGAGCCCAUCGACCAGAAGUUUGUGGCGAUCAGCGACUUGUAUGAGCCCACGGACGACGGCACUGAGAGUCAGGUCUUCGCCUCGAGGACCUACGACGCCACCACCCACUUCGAGACCACCUGCAACGACAUCAAGGACAUCUACAAACGCAUGACCGGCAGCGACUUUGACUUUGAGAACAUGAAACGCAAACAGAACGACGUGUUCGGGGAGGAUGAGCAGUGAGCGGGAGAGGGGCUCCUGAGAGGAGG